AAAGUCUGGGACAGUCAUUCGGACACAGACGGCGCUUUCUUAGCUCGUUGGUAUUGUUGUAUCAGAGGCGAUCAGAAAUAUAUGAAAAGGAAAAGGAACAAUAGAAAAGGAACAAUAGUCGAAAGGACAAAAAAGUGAGGCAAGGGGGCAGGUCAUUUUGCAUUGGAAAUCUAUGCUCUUUUCAAAAGGUGUUGUUCUCCACUCGUGCAUGUUCAAAUCGGAGGAGUAUAUAGAGCCGUAGGUCGGCCGGACUUUUAGUUUCGCAGCAAAACGGCACUAUCAAACAGAAGGCAUGAUUUUGAGACCGAGUUCAAGCUGUGCUGCUUUUUCUAUUCAUGUCUUCUUGCAAUGCAUGUGGAUUAAGUUGGCUGUGGCAUCAGGACACUUCGAAUUGCAAAUUGUGUCGAUGCAGAACGUGAAUGGCGAACUGCAGACUGGUGUGUGCUGCGAUGGAUCUCGGAAUGCCGUAGAUCGCAGAUGCACGAGGGAUGAGUGUGCUACCUAUUUUAAAGUAUGUCUAAAGGAGUACCAGUUGAAGGUCUCUUCGGCGGGCCCAUGCAGUUUCGGGACGGCUUCGACACCCGUGGUCGGAGGGAAUACUUUUUCUUUGCGGAACACGAGGAGUGACAAGUCAAGGAUUGUGUUACCUUUCAGCUUCGCUUGGCCGAGGUCCUAUACGUUGAUCGUGGAGGCCUUGGACUUCAACAACGACUCUUCUACGGGCAGCGUGGGAGGCGAGAGGAUCGAGAAGGCUGUUCAGUCGGGCAUGAUCAACCCCAGCCGCCAGUGGCAGAGCCUGAAGCACAACGGGCCGGUGGGCCAGUUUGAGUACCAGAUUCGGGUCAGCUGCGACGAGCACUACUACGGUUUCGGCUGCAACAAGUUCUGCCGUCCGCGCAACGACUUUUUUGGCCACUACAACUGCGACCACAACGGCAACAAGACCUGCCUCGAAGGGUGGUCCGGACCAGAAUGCAGCACUGCUAUUUGCAGGCAAGGCUGCAGCACUGAACACGGUUCCUGUAAAUUGCCCGGAGAUUGCAAGUGUCUGUACGGCUGGCAGGGUGAGUACUGUGAUAAGUGCAUCCCUCACCCGGGCUGUGUGCAUGGAAGCUGCGUGGAACCUUGGCAGUGCCUCUGUGACACAAACUUUGGCGGCCAGCUCUGCGACAAAGACCUGAACACAUGUGGUACAUUCCAGCCCUGUCUGAACAUGGGGACCUGCAGCAACACUGGACCUGACAAGUACCACUGUGCCUGUCCUGACGGCUACUCUGGUGUCAACUGCGAGAAAGCAGAGCAUGCCUGUCUGUCGGAGCCCUGUUUUAAUGGAGGGAGCUGUUUGGAGACCAGUCAGGGCUUCGACUGCCAGUGUGCCCCCGGCUGGAGUGGCCCCUCCUGCAGCAUCAAUGUGGACGAGUGUUUCCCCAACCCCUGUGGCCAUGGGGGCACCUGCCAGGACCAGGUCAACGGCUUCAAGUGCACCUGUCCCUUCCAGUGGAGCGGCAAGACCUGCCUCAUCGACGCCAAUGAGUGCGAAGGCGACCCCUGCCUGAAUGCCAACUCCUGCCGGAACCUGAUUGGAGGGUACUUCUGCGAGUGCCUCCCUGGUUGGAUGGGCCAGAACUGCGACACCAAUAUUAAUGACUGUCGGGACCAGUGUCAAAAUGGGGGAACCUGCAAGGACAUGGUGAACGGGUACCGCUGUGUUUGUCCGUUGGGCUUCGGCGGUGAGCACUGCGAGACUGAUGUAGAUGAGUGUGCCAGUGGCCCGUGCCUGAACGGCGGCAGUUGCAAGGACGACGUCAACGGCUUCCAGUGCCUGUGCCUGCCCGGUUUCUCUGGCAACUUCUGUCAGCUGGACAUCGACUACUGCAUGCCGAACCCAUGUCAAAACGGGGCCCAGUGUUUCAACCUGGCUACCGACUACUUCUGCAAAUGUCCCGAAGACUAUGAGGGCAAGAACUGUUCCCAUUUGAAGGACCACUGUCGUACCACACCCUGCAAAGUGAUUGACAGCUGCACGGUUGCUGUGGCAUCCAACAGCACCCCUGGGGGCAUGCGUCUGAUUUCGUCCAAUGUGUGCGGGCCCCACGGGCGCUGCCGGAGCCAGGCUGGGGGCCAGUUCAGCUGCGAGUGCCAGGAGGGCUUCACUGGGACAUACUGCCAUGAGAAUAUAAAUGACUGUGAAAGCGGCCCGUGUCAGAACGGGGGGACGUGUAUCGACAAAGUCACCCUGUACCAGUGCAUCUGUGCCGAGGGUUGGGAGGGACCCAACUGCGACAACAACAUUGACGACUGCAACACCAACCCCUGUCGUAACCGCGGCACGUGCCGGGACCUGGUGAACGACUUCUACUGUGAGUGUAAGAACGGAUGGAAGGGCAAGACAUGUCACUCAAGUAAGGAGAGCCAGUGUGACGAGGCGACAUGCAACAAUGGCGGAACGUGCUACGAUGAAGGGGACACCUUCAAAUGCAUAUGUGCCGCCGGAUGGGAUGGUUCCACCUGUAAUAUAGCUAAGAACAGCAGCUGUCUGCCUAGCCCUUGUGAGAACGGAGGCACCUGUGUGGUCAGUGGAGACUCUUUCACCUGUGUCUGCAAAGAGGGCUGGGAGGGCCUGACCUGCAACCAAAAUUCCAACGACUGCAAUCCCCACCCUUGCUAUAACAGUGGGACCUGUGUGGACGGAGAUAACUGGUACCGGUGUGAGUGUGCCGCGGGAUUCGCAGGACCAGACUGCAGGAUUAACAUCAACGAGUGCCAGUCGUCGCCUUGUGCGUUCGGCUCCACCUGCGUCGACGAGAUCAACGGCUACCGCUGCCUGUGUCCACCAGGGAUGGCCGGCCCCAGAUGCCAAGAAGUUGUUGGGAGAUCCUGUUUUGUCGGUGGUCUGGUGGCCGUGGACGGGACCAAAUGGGACGACGAUUGCAACACCUGCCAGUGCCACAAUGGGAAGGUCACCUGUACAAUGAUCUGGUGCGGUCCCAAAUCCUGCCGGGUCCACAGUAAAAGCCACAGCGGUGGCGAGUGCCCGGUCGGUCAGAUGUGUGUGCCCGUCCGGGACGAGUGCUGUUUUGUCAAGCCAUGCCCCAGCCAGGGCGAGUGCUGGUCGGCCUCCCACAGUCCCAAGCCCCACGCAAAGUGCCACCCCGAGGGCAACUGUGCCAACGUCACCUUCACCUUCAAAAAGGACACCAUGCCACAGGGCUUGACUGUUGAGAACAUCUGCAGCGAGCUAAGGAGUCUGUAUGUGGUGAGGAACCUCUCGUCAGAGUACUCGGUGUCCAUGACAUGCGAGCCAUCGGCCACAGCCAACAACAAGAUCCAUGUAGCAAUCUCGACGGAGGACCGCAGAAGAGGCAAGGCCCCUAUCAAGGAAAUCACGGACAAGUUCAUAGACCUGGUCAGCAAGCGAAACGGCAACAGCACUAUCACCACAGCCGUCAUCGAGGUCCGCGUCCAGAGGCAGAGCCACAACCCCAAUGCAGACUACCUGGUCCCCCUGCUGGUGUCCGUAGUCAUCGUCAUCUGGCUCCUGGCUGUGGUCUCUGCUUUUAUCUGGUGCCUCAAGCGGCGCCGAAAGCCCAGCACCCACACGGGUGUCAACACCCAGUCGUCGUCCCCGGCGACGACAGUCGAAGACACCAACAACUCAGUCAACAACGUGCGCGAGCAGCUCAACCAGAUCAAGAACCCCAUCGAUAAACACGGUCUGACCAAUUGCCUACCCCCAGUUAAAGAACACCCCAACCACCACCACUAUCACUACGAGGACAAGAACUCUCUUAUCAACGCCAAAAUUAGAACAAACAACUCCGAUGUGGGUAGCCACCAUUCGGAUGACGAGGAGUCUGAGAAGAGGUUUCAGAAGGCUAGGUUCCCAAGGCAUACGCCAUAUACGUUAGUGGACCGGGAGGAGCGGAGCCCACAGCCGCUCCGCACGGCCGGCAAACACCCCAACUGGAUUAACAAACAGGACAACAGAGACUUGGAGUCGGCGCAGAGCUUAAACCGAAUGGAAUUCAUUGUAUAGCCGCACAGCUUGGUGACCUUGGCCUGGCCACUUCAACUGGUUUCUCAUCAUUGAAAGGUCAGCUGAGGGGCGCUCCAAAGUUGUUGGAUGCUGUUGUCAUAUUUUUGAAUCAAAAAGUUGUGAUUUACCCUUCACAAAGAAGACAAAUUUCCAUGUGUUUAAUUUAUGUUUCGACAAGCUGGCUCACACUGGCAAUAACGGUUGGCUGUGGUUUGGCUGGAUUUCCGGGUGCUGCGUUUGCGUUUUUUAAAACCAGUUAACUUCGAGACGGCACUUCUGUAAAUGGAAAUUUCGAUGUACGUGUAAGAACAUCUCCACGUUGUUCGGUAAGCUGCUGUCGAAGGCUUUUUACAGGCUUUUACCCGGUAGUCAUACGAAGUGUACAAUUUAAUAUUAAUGUGGGUUUAGCCUCUAACUGGUUUUGUAUAUGUACGCGCUUCCGCAGCACCAUACCACAGCAACUAUCAAAACAUAUUAUUUAUUUUUGGGGGGCAGGUUGAGUCUGUCAGCAGUUGCUGCCGAUAUGAAGAAUUUGUGUCGAUGUAUAGAUCUGUAAAUAUUUUUUUUUAUUAAUCAUUGUGUAUAUUUGAUUUAUUAACUUAAUAAUCAAGAGCCUUAAUAUCAUUCCUUUUAUUUAUAUGCAUUGUUUAGAUUUGAAGUUUUGACAGCUUUGUAAGCUUACAACUUCCUUAUUUUUGAAAAUAUUGUUUCAAUAUAUACAGACAUUGACCAUUUUUUGUUUUGGCUCUGUACUACAGUAAUUAGGAUUUUAAAUGAUAUAAUGACUGAGGUUAAAGUGCAGACGGUCAACUUUACUUUGAGGGUAUUUUCAUCCAUAUCGUGUGAACUUUUAAAAUAUUUUUUAUUAACUUUUUCUACAUGGUCUACCCAUUUCAAGGAACCAAAAGCAUUUGACAGAUUCACUGUGUGUUUAAGUUUAGUAUUUAGUCCCAUAUUCCUGGCACGCAAUGACUACAUCAAGCUUGUGACUACAAACUUGUUGGAUGCAGUUUUUGUUUGUUUCAGAUUAUUUGCUGCCCAAUAGAUUUGAAUGGUAAAUAAUGUCCCAUGUGUAUGGCGCUUGCAACGCCAGGUUGUGGUUUUGAUUCCCACGGUGGGGGGGGGGCAGUACAAAAUGUACUCACUACUGUAAGUCGCUAAAUAUGAAUAUAACACUUCUACAUUAAUGUGGAUGCUACCAUGAUUACAUAGAAUUGUGAAUGAUGAGUGAGAAAGUUGGAAGCACAAAGAUUAUACCAAGAACAUGCUAACCUCUCACCCUUACCAAUAACGUGAGCAUAGCAUAUUUUGUGGAGGGUGUGAGAUAUGCCUCAACUUUCUCACACAUAAUUAUUAAUGUUUUUCUGUAAUCAUGGUAGCAUCCACAUGAAUCAAUGAAAAUACCCUCAAAUUAAAGCUGACAGUCAGCAAUUUAACUUCAGUCAUUGUAUAAUUUCAAAUCUAAAGUGCUGGAGUACAGAACCAAAACAACAAUGUUUCACUGUCCAAAUACUUUUGAACCUCACUUUGUUUCAUAAAUGCCAAAAGUGUUCUUGAAAGAAUAGUUUAUUUUUGAACAAUUAGAUGGCAAUUUUUGUCCACUCAAAAAAAAAAAAAAAAAAAAAAUGUUUUUGUACAAUGUCUGUUUGAAACCAUUUCUAUGGUAUAUUUGCCAGGACUCUUUUGUAAGUACUUAAAUGUAAAUGGAAUGGCAGGGGAAAGGAUAAAAUAAUACGGAGGGUCAUUUGAAACAACGCAAUGUGGCAGACUCAUUGCUUGCCAAUGAAAUACUUUUAGGGUAACUUUUUUUUUUUUUUUUUUUUUUGUAGCCUGAUGUUUGAAUGUACAGCAUAACAAGUGUCAAGAACAGGAAAAAAAAUCCUUAGAUCCUUUGUAAAAAAAUAAUAACUUUUGGUGUAUGUGAUUACUUUGCAUAUAUGGUAAUGAACUCUAAUAAAUGGUGGAAUUCGUUUUGCAUGGCCCGGUGCCCCAGGUGGAUGGAGAUUUCACUUAAGGACCAAUGGAAUGGUCUUCAAUGAGCAAAUUCGGGUCACCGGGCCAUGCAAAACUUACUCGACCAUUGAGAUACUUGAAGAGAGGAGAUCCAAUGAGAACACUGUAGAACUGUCAUGUGACAUAGCCUUUCUGGAUUGGACGGAGACCACAAGGCUGUAAACAUUUUUAUUUAUUUUUUUGUUUGCCCUGAAAAUCAUGAUAUGAGAAAGUAUGUGUACAUUUCACUUUAGUGUGUUAAGAACUUGAUAAUUAAAGUAUUUUUGGGGGGA